AUGAGAUUCUCCAUCGACUCUACGCUCAUUACCGCCGUUCUGGCUCUCUCAGCCGCCCAGACGGGCCUGGCUGCGCCUGUGCCACAAACCAACGGAGCCGGCAACCUCUUGUCUGGCAUCCCUCUCGUCGGGAACUUGCUCGGACCCCUCCUGUCCGGCAUCCCCCUUGUCGGCGGCUUACUCGGCGGAGGAGGCGGCGAUGCUGGUGCUGGUUCCGCCUUGUCCGGCAUCCCCAUCGUCGGCGGCUUGCUCGGCGGAGGAGGUGGCGGCGCUGGUGCCGGCCUCGGCGGCCUCGGCGGCCUGCUGGGCAGGGACGGUGACGCUAUUCCGAGGGAGGAGAACAGCGCCAGCUCCUAA